AUGGCAAAAAAGUCUCCGAUCACUUUGUAUGGGAUUGCUCAAUCGACAUGCACCCAGCGCGUUAUAGCUACACUAACUGAAAAAGGACUGAGCUUUACACUGCAGUCAAUAGACUUUUCUGGUGGUGAACACAAGACGCCAAAGUAUUUGCAAGAUAAGCACCCAUUUGGUGUUAUUCCAGUAUUGAUCGACGAAAAUGGUUUUAAAGUUUAUGAAUCACGCGCUAUUUGCCGAUAUCUCGAAAUGAAAUAUAAAGGCAAGGGUACGGAGUUGAUUCCAACAAAAGAUCCGAAAGCUCAAGGUUUAUUUGAACAAGCUGCAUCGACGGAAAUUUCUUAUUUUGAUCCGUAUGCCAGUGGUAUCGUCGCGGAACGAGUUUUCAAAAAAAUGAAAGGACAAGGUGAAGCUGACGAAGCAAAAGUUGCGUCGCAUAAAGCAGAACUGAAUAAAAGUCUCGAUGUUUACGAGAAGAUUUUAUCACAGCAACCCUAUUUAGCUGGUGAAAAAUUCACUUUGGCAGACUUAUUUCAUUUGCCUUAUGGAACGUGGCUUGUCAAAAUCGGUGAAGGCGACCUGUUCGAAUGUCGACCUCAUGUGAAGGACUGGUGGGCGAGAAUCACAUCGCGAAUAUCAUGGAAAACAGCUCAAGCGAUGGAAUGA